CACAAACACAACGUCUUCUUCCGAGUAAAAGAAAAUAGAAAAAAAAUAUAGGACCUGGUUCAAACCAAAAAUAAAAUAAAAUAUUAAAAAAAAAAACCCCACACUCACCCACACUAUAGUUAAGUCUUUCUUUUUUUCUUUUUUUUUUUGGUAGAUUAAUUAAGACUUUCUUUAUUUAUAUAUAUAUAUAUAUAUAUAUAUAUAUAUAUAUUCCUCAUCCAUUAUUAUCCCAUAUAUGUAUUUGUUUUUUCUCCUCUGGAUCUACAAGCGAGUGAGUGGAGAUAUUGUAAUUCAUAUAUAUUUUCAGAUAAAUAACGAGUUCAAGAGUAAACUCUAGAAGCAGAAGAAGAAAAGCAAAAAAUGAGGGAAGGAGUCCGUGAUGUGCCACCGAAAUUCCUUCAAAUUAAGCAGGAUGAUAAGUUCUUCUCCAGGCUUUUGUCCAAGGAAAGCUCCAAGGGCGGCGGCGCCGGCGAAGCAUCAUUCCGGGUUUUGUACUACGGCGGAGCCGCCGGCUCGAUCCCAUUCAUGUGGGAGUCGCAGCCGGGAACCCCGAAACACCCGUCUCUAGACAACUCGGUUCCGCCGCUCACGCCGCCGCCGUCUUAUCAGCUCAGCCCCCGGACGAUGAAGAACAUGCGGAGCCACUCCAAGCCCAAUUUCCUGGGCUCCCUUUUCUCCCGCAAGUGUACCAGGAAAACCGCAAAUGAUAAAAUGGGUUCGUUUUCGUCGUCGUCGUCUUUGUCGUACUCGUCUUCGUCACAAUCAAUGCCGUCGACGCCGAUGAACAAGUCCGGCAGCCGGAAGAAAAACGGCCUCACCAGGUCAACGUCAGCGGUCCAAUUUCAGAUUGAUGACGAGGACGAGCAGAAUGAGGUAUCACCGACAUCAACUCUGUGCUUUGGGGGUGGAAUCAGAUUUGGUGGCGGCGGUCGUCCAAUGAAGAAAGUGAUGAAAAGAGCGUUUUUGUCCAUUUCCGGCCAAGGAACCCCAAAUUGAAAAAAGGAUACAGAAGAAGAAAUCAGUGUGAUCGGUGUCUUCAGUUUCCAAAGCUUUUUUUUUUUUUGUUUUUAAUUAGUUAGAUUAGAAUAAUACCCUUUAGGAUUAUUAUUUGGGUCAUGAUAUUUUAGAUUUAUGUGCGGUCUGUGGUUGAUAAUUGUCAUGGUGCCAAAAAAGUGAAAUCUAUUCACUUGCCCCUCAAAAAAAUGAAGUUACAGAUCAUCUUAUUUCUUAUUUCUUUUUUUUUUUUGGCAAUUAUGUCAAAGAGCAUAUGAAUUUGUACGUAUCCCUUUUUUUUUUCUUCCCACAGAGAAAGACAAAUGUGGAAUGUAUAAUGAUUUCUUCCAUCUUCCAUUUGAUUUCUAGGACCGGGUACAGUUUCAUUACAGCUCACAGCUUAGCCCCAAAGGAAUUAAUACAUUUUCAAGC